AUGCCCCUGCAUCUACUUCCACUCAAUGGUUUAAGCCGAGCGCGUCUAUACCACAGCGGACGUCCUAGCUCCAAGCCCGAAGCGUCAGAGAAGCAAGACAAGCAGAAGACUCACUCCCUCCCAACUGCAUCCGACCCCGACCUCCCACACCUCACCCCAUCCCAAACCGUACACAUGACGCAAAUCACCUCAAAACCGGAAACGAAACGACUCGCAACAACGGCCUGCCACGUUUCCUUCUCCAAUGCGCGACCAUGGGAGCUCCUCCGAAAAGGACAGGGCACACACAAAGGCGACGUAUUCAGCGUCGCUCGCAUCGCCGGCAUUAUGGCUGCCAAACGAACCCCCGACCUGAUCCCCUUGUGUCAUCCAGGAAUCGGCAUCACGGGUGUGGAGGUGAGCGUGGAGCUGGUCGGACCCGACGAGAAUAAUCCAGAUGAUCAUGGCGCUAUGGAGAUUGUUGCAACGGUUGGCUGUUUCGGACGGACAGGGGUGGAGAUGGAGGCCAUGACGGCGACUGCUGGGGCGGCGUUGACGGUGUAUGAUAUGCUCAAGGCAGUUGAUAAGGGGAUGGUCAUUGGGGGAGUGCGACUAUUAGAGAAGCAGGGUGGGAAGAGUGGACAUUGGACGAGGGAAAACAUGUAG